AUGGCCUCAGUGGACCGCGGCGCCACUCCCGGCAAUGCGUCAUGGAAAGAUCUUUUCGCCUUCACCAGACGGAGGCACUGCAUCGCUCUGAUCCCGGCCGUUCUCGCCGCGUUUGCUGUCGGCGCGUUCAAGACGUCUCUGGCCGUCGCUUUCGGGCAGUUCUUCCAACUCGCCGUCGACUUUAAUACUGGCGUGCUCAGCCCCCGCGAUGCCCUCUCCGAGGUAGAAAGCUUGUGCAUCCUGCUCUGCGGGCUCGGGGCCGGGCACUGGGCUGCUAACACGGCUUUCCUCUCUUCAUGGGUCAUCUUCGGCGAGCUGCAGGCGAGGAGCGCUCGCGAGCAGACAUUCCAAAGCCUUCUAGAGAGGGACAUCGCAUGGUAUGAUGGCCAAUCUGAUGGUAUAUCCAGUCUUCUUGUCAGGAUUGAAACACAAAUUCGCGAGCUCCAGCUGGCGACAUCGCAAGUUUUUGGCUUUCUUAUUAGCGACGCAUUCGUAUCGAUCGCUUGCAUCGCCGUGUCCUUCUACAUGUCCUGGCGGCUCACUCUCGUUCUCCUUGCCACGCUCCCCAUCUCCGUUGGUAUUCUCACGCUGGCAACCCGCCGCCUCCAACCCGCUAUCCAGGCGCAAAAAGGCCAUCUCGCAGAGGCCUCGAAAUACGCGAAUUCGGCUGUUGUCGGCAUUGACCUCGUCAAGAUCUACAACGGCUUCGACUAUGAGGUCUGGAAAUACUACGGGUCUAUCAAGGCGUCCAUGAAGCAAUACCUCGUACAGGCGCAUUGCAACGCAAUCCAGAUGGGCUAUGCUAAGUUCUGGGUCAUCGGCCUGUUUGCGGUUGGGUUUUGGUACGGCAUCGUUUUGGUCUCCCAAGGGGCCACGGCCGGUCAAAUCCUCACCACGUUCUACGCUACCCUGACAGCGUUUCAGGGUAUCGAAGCUCUCAUGCCACAGUGGCUUGUCCUUGCCAAGGGCAUGUCCGCUGGACAGGCUCUCCGAAGCACCGAUUCCGUUGCCCGCGGUUCGAAGAGAAGACCAGGAAGCAGCUACAGGCCUCCGUACUACUGUGCUGGUGCUGUCGAAGCCCACGACGUGAGUUUCGCCUACCCGUCGAAUCCAGAUCAAAUAGUCCUUAGCAGAUCUUCCUUCGUUUUCCCAACGGGCAAGACGUCUUUCAUCGUUGGGAGAAGCGGUUCCGGCAAAAGCACCCUCGGCAAUCUCCUCGUCAAUUUCUACCGGCCCCUCACGGGAAACAUCACCAUCGACGGCUAUGACAUUAGCUCGCUAGACGACCAUUGGCUCAGAAGCAACGUCACGUUGAUCCAGCAGACGAGCGUCCUCUUCAACGAGACGUUCUUCAUGAACAUCGCUUUCGGACACAGAUCGCCAGCCGAGGCCACGAUCGACGACGUCAAGAAAGCUUGCGACGCGGCCGUGCUGCAGUCGACUCUGGCGGUCAUGCCGCAGGGUCUCAGCACCAUGGUCGGGCCUGGAGGGUACAGCCUCAGCGGCGGCCAGAAACAGCGACUGGCACUGGCGCGCGCUCGGUUACGCGACCCCCCCGUCCUGAUUCUGGACGAGGUGACGAGCGGCCUCGACCCCGCCAGCAAGGCGCUGGUCAUGGAGGCCAUCCGGACCUGGCGUCGGGACAAGACGACGAUCAUCAUCACGCACGACGUCUCUCAGAUCCGAGACGACGAUUACGUCUUUGUCAUGGACAAGAGCCGCCUGGUGCAGGAAGGGACGAGGGAGCGUAUCGCGGAGCAGAGUAAGGGCGAUGGCUUGUUCGCUUCUCUCCUGGCUGCUACGGAUGAAGAGGUAGGCUUGGGCGACGACGGGGAGUCGAUGGGGUCGCCCUCCACCCCGGCAUUGAAACGAUCACACAGCUCCGAGUCUCUGCCUCGGUGGCAUGAUAGGGAUGAUACCAAGGCAGGCAAACGGCGAUCUUCUAUUGUCAGCGACAUCAUAGCGAGACAACUGGAAGAGGCCACGCCAUCGCGGGAAUAUGGAUUCGGGAGGCGGCAUAUCGGAUCAUCACUGGGUGAUGCUACCGUCCACGCCACGUUCAUCAGGACCAGGGCGAUCUGGGAUGACGGUGACACCGACCAAAGACCGCAUCACUACCACAGGCGAAGCACGUUCGACGGAGGGCAAUCUCGACCCUGGAGCCGGCCGCGGUCUAAGAGUCGCGCCCGGUCGGAGCGUUCCGUUUCACGGAGAUCGAGCAUGGAGAUGGUGGAGAGGGUCGGGCACCAUAUCCGGCGUACUCGGAUAGGAUCCACGAGAUCAAGGCGAGUCCGGUCCCCUCUCGCCGACUAUGAGGACGACGGGGAGAAGAGGCCCGGUACCGCCGAUACGGGAACGACGGAUCCUCGCCACCACGACCGGGGAUCCGAUAAUGACAUGGGUCCUCCGUUGUCCCUCUUGAAGCUGUUCCGGACGGUGUGGUCGCACUUGGCGCCCCCUGAGCGGUUGAGGUUGGUGGCGGGCAUCGUCUUGUGCGUCAUAGUUGCGGUGGCCAGUCCCCUCUUCUCGUACUGCUUCGCAUGGCUCCUGUCUGCCUUUUGGGCGGACACGGACGACAGGGAAUCGGCGGGGAGGCUGUGGGCGAUCCUCCUCAUCGUCAUAGCUGUUGUCAACGGGCUGGCGAUGUGGACCGGGCGUUACCUCAUGGAGUACGCGGGGCAGGCCUGGAUCAACGCGCUCCGGCUGGAAGGGCCGAAGCGGAUCCUGCGGCAGCCCAAAGUGUGGUUCGACAAGCCGCAGAACUCGGUCGGGCGGAUCAACGAGUGCAUGGACAGGAACGCGGAGGAGAUGAGGAACCUGGUGGGGCGGUUCGCGCCCAUCCUCGUCAUCGUCACGGUGAUGGUGCUCACGGCGGUGAUAUGGGCGUUGUCGAUCAGCUGGAAGCUCACGCUGGUGGCCCUCUCGGGCGGGCCGGCCAUCCUGAUGGCGGUCAAGGCGUUCUCGUACACGAGCACCCGGUGGGAGACGAGGUGCAACCGGAGCGCGGGGGACACGAGCGCGGUGCUGACGGAGACGUUCACCAACAUCCGGGUGGUCAAGAACCUCACGCUCGAGGCGUACAUGGGGGCCAAGUACGACAGGUCGGUGCGGUCGACUUUCAAGCUGGGGGUCAGGAGGGCGGUUUACACGUCGCCCCUGUUCGGGCUCUACCAGUGCAUCAACUUUUUCCUGGUGGCGCUGGUGUUCUACUACGCGAUGGUCCUGGUCGCGCGAGAGUUUGAGGCGAAUCUCGUGCAGAUCCAGCAGGUGUGUAACCUGUUGCUGUUCUGCCUGGGCCAAGCGGGUUCGCUGUUGGGGACGAUCCCGCAAAUCGCGGCGUCCAAGGCCACGGCGGCGCAGAUGCUAUACUACGUCAACCUUUCCGACCACAAUGACAAGUCGAGUAAAGAAGAGGAACAGGGCGAGGGCGGCACGGAUGCAGGUGCAGGUGCAGGUGCAGGCCCCUCGCCGAAGAAGCUGCCUACGCCGUUGCCCAUCCGGAUGCGCAACCUCCAGUUUGCGUACCCCUCUCGCCCCGACGUGCCGGUCCUCCGCAACCUGACCCUGCAAAUCGAAGCGGGGACAUGCACGGCCAUCGUGGGAUCAUCAGGGUGCGGGAAAAGCACGCUCAUCUCGCUCAUCAUGUCGCUCUACACGCCGCACCGACCCGCAUCAGCAACAACAAGUAUAAGUACACCAACCGCGACGGCAAAAGCAGAACUGGACCCAGGAUCAGAAAAGCAACCUCCCAUGCUCUCCUUCCACGGCACCACCCCCUUCUGGGAAGUCGACGCCCAGCACCUCCGCACCAUGAUGGCGUUCGUGCCCCAAGCGCCCUUCCUCUUCCCCGGGACGGUGGCGGAGAACAUCGGCUACGGGCUGACGGAGAUGUCGCCGCUACGAAGCGCGUCGAACGUCCGGGCGGCGGCGGCGGCGGCGGGGAUCGACGAGUUUGUGGAGUCGCUGCCGGAAGGGUACGAGACGGUGAUGGGAGACGGGGGGCAGGCGGUGUCGGGGGGCCAGGCGCAGCGGAUCUGCCUCGCGAGGGCGCUGGCGAGGCGGCUGCAGGUGCUGGUGAUGGACGAACCGACGAGUGCGCUGGAUGCGGAGACGGCGGAGAUGGUGAGGGGGACGAUUCGCGGGUUGGUGGCGGAUCCGCGGCGGAGGGAGAUGGCGGUGGUGUUGGUGACGCAUUCGAAGGAGAUGAUGCAGCUUGCUGAACGGGUGGUGGUGUUGGAUGGGGGGAGGGUGGUGGAGGAGGGGGGGUAUGAGGAGUUGAGGGCCAGGGGAGGCGAGUUUGCUAGGCUGAUUGGAGGAGUGCAGAGGACGAUGGAGGGGCUGAAUAGGGGAGGGAGGGAGAAGGGAGAGUGUCUAAAGUACCUAGGUAUAAACAGCUAG